AAAAAAUAAAAGCUUGUUGAUCACUCUAAUCAGUCACUCAGGAGGAGGAGCGAAACAACGUGCUGUGGAUUAUUUAGAAACCUCUCUGUGUGAUGGUUUUAAUCAGGGCACGAUGACAUCGCUAUGCCAGCCUUCCCUUUCUGGAACUUCUCAUUUCAGCCACACUCAUUUCUUUAACUCUGUACAGGAAACUUGUUUCAUGUAAGUACAAUCAGCUCUGCAGCUGCUCGGUGGUCUCCAUCCUCCCGUCCCAAAUGGCUUCUUUCAAAUUCUUCCUCUUUUUGUCUCUAAUCUCAAAGUUAACAGCUCUUCAGCAGGAUGUUCAGGUGAAGCUUGGAGAUGACGUCACUCUUCAGUGUCAGAUUUCCACAGAUGAAAUAAUCUCAGUGCUGAAGUGGAGCAGAGCUGACCUGAACACAGACGGCUACGUCUACUUCUACAGGAACAAACGCUCCUAUGAAAACUACCAACAUCCAUCUUUUCAUGGCCGAGUGAAGCUGAGGGACCCGGAGAUGAAGGAUGGAGACGUGUCUCUGAUUCUGAAGAACGUCGCGUUUAAUGACACUGGGAUGUAUGAGUGUCACGUAGCUGUGAGGAACCCUGUGAGAAGUAAAAGAGUUCACACUGAGAUCAGUCACUUCAUCAACCUCACAGUCACAGGUGAAACACAUGAAAGCGUGUCAGAGAAACGAAUCAUGGAAAGAGGAGACGCAGAUGAAAGCAUGGAUGAUACUGAAAGGGUCAGAGUUCCGACUCUUCAGGUUGUUGUUCCUGUUGUUGUUGUAGUUGCUCUUGUUGCUCUUUUUGCCGUUGGUUUUGUGAUACACCAACAAACUUGUCAUCAUAAGAAGCAACAUCCAGUCAAGUUUCCUACUGAGGACUCAGAUGAAGUGCUAUGAAGCUGCAGAAAUGUAUAAACUUUCUUGAUGAAAA